ACACAUGCACACGCACAGCUGCACCCCAACCAGAGUCCACGCUCUCUGAGCCGCCUCCAGAGACCAUGAGGCUGUCACUACCACUGCUCCUGCUGCUUCAGGGGGCUUGGGCCAUCCCAGAGAGCUCUGGGGACAGGGCCCCACUCACGGCCACGGCGCCUAAGCUGGACGAUGAGGAGAUAUACUCGGCUCACAUGCCUGCCCACCUGCGCUGUGACGCCUGCAGGGCAGUGGCCUACCAGAUGUGGCGAUAUCUGUCAGAGGCCGAGGCCAAGCUUCACACCCCAGACUCUGGGGGGAGGCCGGAGCUGAGUGAGUCCGUGUAUACAGACGUCCUGGACCAGAGCUGCUCCCAGAGCUGGCAGGAAUACGGGGUCCGAGAAGUGAACCAGGAGAAACAUCUCAUAGGCCCAGGGCUUAGCCAAGGGCCACAGCCAACCAUCAGUGUGAUGAUCACAGGGGGCCCCUGGCCCGUCAGGCUUUCCAGGACAUGUCUGCACUACCUGGGGGAGUUCGGAGAAGACCAGAUCUACGAAGUCCACCGGCAAGGCCAAGGGGCUGUGGAGGCGUUGCUGUGUGGGGGUGCCCGGGGGGCCUGCUUGGAGGAGGCUCCAGUCACAAGAGAAGAGCUCUAGUUUGACUCCUCCUUCCCGGUGUCAUCAGCCCUCCAGGAGAAAGCUGGGGCUUCCUCUGGAUUGUCCCCAUUCCUUCUUGUAGGUUGACCCCGGAGGGCGGGGAGGCCUUGCCUUUCUCUGCCACUCUCCCUCCCUUCUCCAGCUUUGGGGCCUAGGUGGGGACCAAGUUCUUCCCCUCUGGAUUCUAAAUAAAAACUAAUAAAACCCAGUGA